UCAGUCGCCGCUGAUGCUGUAAGGGGAGAUGAUGAGAGGAGGCGCCGGCCGGAGGGAAGAGACUGAUCUUAGAGCUAGAGCCCCGGACAGCCUGAAGGACUCAUGCUGCCAUUUAAGAACAAAGGGGACUGUGGAUGCCCCCUUCUAGAGGAAGCAGACUGAUGCAGCCAAACCAUCAAAACCCCACACCCAGCCCAGAGGAAAUGGAUGAGUGGGAUCCUAACUCUCAUGCAAAGCCCCCUCUCCCACACAAGAAACGGAGCUGGUACCUGGCCUGGAAAUACAAGAUGAGCAACCAAAGGGCUGUGCGGAGAAUGUGUCAGACUGUGGCUGUUCUGUUCCUGCUUGUAACUGUGAUUGUAAACAUCAAGCUAAUCCUGGACACAAGGCGAGCAGUGAAUGACGAAGAUGUGGAUCAAGAGUAUGAUGAUGUUGUGCAGAAUGUUGAAUCCCCUCGUCGACCAGCUGGUGGGAAAAAAGUUCUGGACAUCGAAGUCUACUCUAGCAGAUCAAAGGUUUACAUAGCGGUCGAUGGCACUACGGUUCUUGAAGAUGAAGCGAGAGAACUUGGACGAGGCAUCCAUGUCAUUGUGUUGAAUCAAGCAACGGGCCAUGUGAUGGCAAAGAGAGUCUUUGAUACUUAUUCUCCACACGAGGAUGAAGCUAUGGUGCUUUUUCUUAACAUGGUGGCUCGUGGGCGCAUUUUGAUAUUUACAGUUAAGGAUGAAGGUUCCUUCCACCUGAAAGAUACUGCCCGGAAUGUUCUGAAAAGCCUUGGGAGCCAAAUUGUGGCAUCUCUGGGUUGGAGAGACAUGUGGACGUUUGUAGUAAAGAAAGGGGGACACAUUUUUGGAGAGAAACAUUCCAAAUCCCCAGCCCUGUCCACGUGGGGGGAUCCAGUCCUUCUGAAGACAGACAUCCAACUUGUGCCACCUGAAGAAGCAGAAUGCCACUGGCCAGAUACGGAGCUCAACAGAAGGAGGAGAAGAUUUUGUAGCAAAGUGGAGGGAUAUGGCAGCGUUUGCAGCUGCAAAGACCCAACUCCUAUUGAAUUUAACCCAAUUCCUCUUAAAGAAAACAAGGUCUCGAAUGUGCCAGUGGCUGUUAUUGCAGGAAACCGACCAAACUAUCUGUACAGGAUGCUGCGUUCUCUGCUUUCUGCUCAGGGAGUGACCCCGCAGAUGAUCACCGUUUUCAUAGAUGGCUAUUAUGAGGAACCCAUGGACGUGGUGGAGUUAUAUGGUUUAAAGGGCAUCCAGCACACCCCGAUCAGCAUUAAGAAUGCACGUGUGACCCAGCAUUACAAAGCGAGCUUGACGGCCUCAUUUAACCUGCAUCCUGAUGCCAAGUUUGUGAUUGUCCUUGAAGAAGAUCUGGACAUUUCUAUAGACUAUUUCAGUUUCCUGAGUCAAACAAUUCACUUACUGGAAGAGGAUGAGAGUCUGUAUUGUAUCUCUGCUUGGAAUGAUCAGGGAUAUGAACAUACUGCUGAGGAUCCAUCCCUCCUGUAUAGAGUGGAGACCAUGCCUGGCUUGGGGUGGGUUUUACGAAAGAACCUGUAUAAGGAUGAACUAGAACCAAAGUGGCCAACUCCAGAAAAACUAUGGGACUGGGAUAUGUGGAUGAGAAUGCCUGAACAAAGAAAGGGCAGGGAAUGCCUUAUCCCAGAUGUUUCAAGAUCAUAUCAUUUUGGCAUUGUAGGACUUAACAUGAAUGGCUAUUUCCACGAAGCUUAUUUUAAAAAACACAAGUUCAACACCGUUCCAAAUGUACAGAUGAUGAACGUGGAAAGCUUGAAAAAAGACGCCUACGAGAUAGAAAUCCACAGAAUACUAAGUGAGGCCGAGUUGUUGGAUCACAGCAAAAAUCCUUGUGAGGAUUCCUUCAUCCCAGACACUGAGGGAAAAACCUAUGUUAUGUAUAUCCGGAUGGAGCAAGAAGCGGAUUUUACCACGUGGACUCAGCUUGCAAAGUGCCUGCAUGUGUGGGACCUGGAUGUCAGAGGUAACCACAGGGGGCUUUGGCGUCUUUUUAGAAAGAAGAACCAUUUUCUGGUGGUUGGGUGCCCUUUCUCUCCAUAUGCGGCUAAGAAACCUUCUUCUGUAACUCCGAUUUACAUUGAACCUCCGCCCAAAGAGGAAGUUGCUGCACCUGGGCUUGAUCAGUCCUGACCACUGAAUCUAAAAUGGUCUAUAUAAUGCCGUCCAGUCACCAGGGGGUGCGUCCUCCAGCAGUGCUUUCUGGGACCUGUGAGAAAUGUCUUUAAUAUAUUACAGAUCUCACGAGACACGGAACUGCACCGUCCGAUCUUGUAGCAUUUUUUUUUUUGUAAACUCUCAAUUUCUUUUUUUUUUUUUUCUUUUUUUUUAUGCUGGGUUGAUCAACUGAUAUUUUGCAGACUUUUCAUGGAAGGGAAAUUGGAAUGUUGGCAUUAUUCCAAUUUUAAUGGAAAA